GACAGUCUAAAGAAAAAAAAAAAAAAUUAUAUCAGAAAGAGCAAGAGAGUAGAGCAAAAUGGUGACGAUGGGAGAGUUAUGGGCCACUCUAGGCUCAGUUGUAGCAAGUGCUAUGUUUGUAUCAGCUAUUUUCAAGCAAUACUUCCCUUAUCAACUUUGGGGCUAUGUCGAAAAAUAUAGUCUAAAGUUGGUUCGGUUCCUUUAUCCUUACAUUGAAAUUCGGUUUGAUGAAUUCUCUGGUGGACGUAUGAAGCGUAGUGAAGCCUUCUCUGCCAUACAGAAUUAUCUCAGUACCAAAGCCUCGUUGCAUGCUACUCGGUUCAAGGCUGAUGUUGUGAAAGAUAGCCAGUCUUUGGUUCUUAGCAUGGAGGAUAGAGAAGAGGUGACAGAUGAGUUUGAAGGGAUCAAGGUUUGGUGGGUAUUGGGUAAGACAAUCCCCAGAACACAACAAUUUUCUUUUUAUCCAGCUGCGGAUGAGAAGCGGUUUUACAAGCUCACUUUCCAUAAGAGCCACAGAGAACUCAUCACAAAGUCUUAUGUAAAGCAUGUGUUUGAUGGAGGAAAGGCCAUUGCAGUGAAGGAGCGGCAGCGCAAGCUAUUCAGUAACAAUCCUAGCAAAAAUUGGUAUGGCUGGAGAUCAACAAAGUGGAGCCAUGUACAAUUUGAGCAUCCUGCGACAUUUGAUACAUUGGCAAUGGAGACACAGAAGAAGGAGGAGAUCAAGAAAGACCUCAAGAAGUUCAGAGAGGGAAAAGAGUACUAUACGAAAAUUGGGAAGGCUUGGAAGAGAGGGUAUCUCCUUUAUGGCCCUCCAGGAACUGGUAAAUCAACCAUGAUUGCAGCCAUGGCCAAUUAUUUGAACUAUGAUGUGUAUGAUCUUGAACUUACCACGGUCAUGGACAACUCAGAGCUGAGGAGUCUGUUAAUUGAGACAACAAACAAGUCAAUCAUUGUUAUUGAGGACAUUGAUUGCUCGCUUGAUCUUACUGGUCAGCGUGAGAAGAAAAAGGAGAAAGAUGGGGAUGAAGAGGAGAAAAAUCCCAUUGAAAAGAAGAUGAAAGAAGAUGGUGAAAACAAAGCAAGUAAGGUUACUUUAUCCGGGCUUUUGAAUUUCAUUGAUGGCCUUUGGUCAGCUUGUGGGGGAGAAAGACUUAUUGUGUUCACUACAAAUUAUGUGGACAAGCUUGAUCCAGCACUUAUCAGGAGAGGAAGGAUGGACAAGCACAUUGAAAUGUCCUAUUGUGGUCUUGAGGCAUUCAAGGUGCUAGCCAAGAAUUAUUUAGACAUCGACUCACAUGAGUUGUUUGCGGAAGUUGGCUAUCAGUUGGCAGAAACCAAUAUGACUCCAGCUGAUGUUGCUGAGAAUUUGAUGCCGAAGUCUGAUGAGGAUGAUGCAGAGACAUGUUUGAAGAAUUUGAUUGAAGGUCUUAAAGUGGCGAAGGAGGAAGCCAUAAAGAAGGCUGAGGAAGAAGCACGGCUAAAGGCAGAGAAAGAAGAGAAGGAGAAGGAGGAGAAGGCGAAGGAGGCUGAUUCUAAGGAAGAGAACAAGAAAGGCGAUGAAACUGCAGCUAAUUCAGUGAAAGAGAAUGGUUCCAUAGAUAAGGAAGUUAAAUGAGGGAAGAAUUGAUCUUGAUAAUACUGAGGAUUCAUGCAACAGGAAUGUCAAAACUUGUGAAGACAAUGAUAAAAUCUUGAAAAUUUGUUGCUGAAACGCUCUCAGCGUUUAUGUAUUUUGAUAUUGCAGAAUAAGCAACUUUGCAUAGUGGUUUUUCUUCCUUAUUUUGAUAUUCUUCAUAGUUUCUUUUCUUAUAAUGAAAGAGAUAUUUUCCAUUUGGUGUCA